AAUGGGAGUAGUGAGAGGAGUCUGAUUGUGAGAGGUGAAGAGUAAAGAGAUGGGAAAAUCCCAAAAUAAAUCCAUGUGUGCAGAUACAGUAAAGCCUGACUUUGCAGACAACGAGCAACCUGCUGGAGGAAGUCAGUGGGUCGAGCAGCAUCUGUGGAGGCAAAGGAAUAGUCAACAUUUCAGUCUUGAUGCAGGGUCUUCACCUGAAAUAUCGACCAUCCCUCUGACUCCACGGAUGCUGCUUGAUCCCCUGAGUUCCAGCAGCAGUUUGCUUUUUUUGCUCUGGAUUCCAGCAUCUGCAGUCUCUUGUGUCUCCAUUUGCUUGGCAGAUGCUGGUUAAUGGAGAGUAAGUCUGGCUGCUUGUUACUAAAGCAGACCAGAUCUGAAAAUGUUGGGGAAAAGGCUUCAUCUGGACUUGAUUGUUUGUUUCUACUUAUCCAUGACUUUAAUUCCAGGAUUGCAUUAGUGCAUUCUGCAGACUGGUUAAAUGGACAGCGAGGUGCAGCGAGAUGGCAGGAUUCUGGACCUGAUUGAUGAUGCAUGGCGGGAAGACAAGCUGCCGUAUGAAGAUGUGGAAAUCCCACUGAGUGAACUUCCAGAACCCGAACAGGAUAAUGGGGGAACUACAGAAUCUAUCAAUGAACAAGAUAUGAAAUGGACUGACUUAGCCUUGCAAAACUUGCACGAAAAUACCCCAUCUGCAGGAAGCUAGUUACUGACAGCAUUGAUACCAGCACAGCAACAAAGCUUAUUUCUAUAUUCUUUCCAAGAGGCAGGUGCCAGAAUUUACUUUCACUUGAAGGCUUACUGCAAGCUUAAUGUCCAUUAUCAUUGAAAUGAAAUUACAGACAUGGCGUAUCAAAGCAAGAAUUAUAGAGCCUCAGUUAAUAGUCUUUAUAGACAAUUAAUAAGAGUGGAAAAGUUUAUAAUUUUUACUCAUUAAAGAAGAAAGUUUGUAUUCAUCAAAUAGAAGUACUGGUGGAGUAUCUCACUUGCAAGCAGUGGUGAUGUGCCAGCAGAUUAAUUCCAUCAAUGGCUGAUAUCUGUUACUUCCACAUUUUAUAAGGACCACCCAUUGUACAAUCCUGGCACACAAAUCAUUUCAUGUGAUUUAUAACUAAAUUUGUAAAUAAUUAAUGCUGUUACUGAUCUUACAAACAUUAAGCUUUCAAUAAUUUCUUUCUGUCUAUUUUAACAUUUCCCAGCAGUAAAUUGAAUCUAGUUCAAUAAAAUGUACUGGAAAUAUAUAUCAAAAUUAA